AUGAUCUAUCCCGUGGGUUGGUAUACCCAGCCUCCUGCGCCAGCUCAUCAGCCGACUCCAUUUGCAUGGUCUCCAGCUCCAGCUCCAGCUCCAGCUCCAGCUAUGCCUCCGCCUGCGCCUGCGCCAGCGCCGCCAGCUGGACCGCAGCCGGCCUGUCACAAGGACACUAAGCGAGACCGUUCCCGUUCUCGCCAUCGCGAGCAGCGCUACGACGAGCGCGAGCGCACUCGCUCCCGUAGCCCUGAUCGUGCUCCACGCCGCGACCGUAGCAGAGGCCGCACCAACGGCGACUACCGUUCGCGUGAUUACGACGAGGGUUACGAAAACAACGACAACAGGAAGUCCGCCCCACGUGGUCGUGACGAUCGUCAGAGCCAGGAAAUGGCGACGAACACCAAGCCAGAGAGCUCACAGCAAGACCACCGCGUUUACGUGGGCAAUCUUUCGUACGACGUCAAGUGGCAUCAUCUGAAGGACUACAUGCGUUCUGGCAUCACAGCUGGCGAGGUCGUCUUUGCGGACGUGCUCCUUCUUCCGAACGGCAUGAGCAAGGGCUGCGGCAUUGUCGAGUACGCCACACGUGAGCAGGCUCAAGACGCCAUCAACACUCUCAGCAAUACCAACCUGAUGGGUCGCCUUGUCUACGUUCGAGAGGCAGGUUUUCCCAAUCAAAGGAAUCGUGAUCGCGAGACCGAGCCGCGCUUCAACCAGCCUGGCGGGGGUGCAGGUGGUGGACGCGGCGGCUUCGAUGGCGGACGUGGUGGCAUGCGCGGCGGCUUCAAUGGUGGUGGAUUUGGUCGCGGCGGCAGUAUGAGCAUGGGCAUGGGUAUGGGCGGUCGUGGUGGCAUGGGCGGCAACCAGAUCUUCAUUUCCAACCUUCCCUACCAAGUCGGCUGGCAGGAUCUCAAGGACCUGUUCCGUGGAGCUAUCAACGUGGGCAACAUUCUCCGUGCAGACGUUCACUCAACCCCUGAUGGCCACCCCAAGGGCUCCGGCAUCGUCGCCUUCGACAACCCCGAGGACGCUCAAAACGCCAUCAACCAAUUCAACGGCUACGACUGGCAGGGCCGCAUUCUCGAGGUCCGCGAGGAUCGUUAUGCUGGUGGUUCGGGCCGUGGUGGCUUUGGAGGCGGCUUCCGUGGCGGCUUCCAAGGCGGAUAUGGUGGUGGAGGAUACCCGCCUCGUGGUGGCUUUGGAGGUGGAUUCGGCGGUGGUCGUGGUGGAUUCGGUGGGGGAUAUGGCGGCCGUGGCGGCUUCCAGGGCGGUGGAUUCGGUGGAGGACAGGGCGGCGGCUAUCAGGGCGGCGGCCAUGGCGGUGGCUAUCAAGGCGCCCCCUCUGCUGCUGCCAACAGCGCCCCAUCCAACCCCUUCGUUGACUUCGCUGCUUCGGGCGGUCCCGAGAGCACCACCAUCUUCGUCCGCAACCUGCCGUGGAGCACUAGCAACGACGACUUGGAUGAGCUCUUCCGCACCAUCGGCAAGGUCGAGCGCGCCGAGAUCAAGAUGGAGAGCAACAUGCGCUCAAGCGGUACUGGUGUUGUCGAGUUCCGUGAGCAGGCUGACGCGGCUGAGGCCAUCACCAAGUUCACUGGCUACGAGUACGGCGGUCGUCCUCUCGGCUUGGGCUAUGUCCGUUACACUAACCAGACUGGCGGUAUGGAGGGCAUGGAGCCUACGGGCAGCAUGCAGGCAGAGAUAAUGUAA